UAAAAUCUUACUUCUUUAGUUAAGCAUCAAAAUCUUCGUAUUUUAUUUUUUAAAUUAUGCGUGAAUGUAUAUCCUUGCACAUCGGUCAGGCCGGUGUACAAAUCGGCAAUGCUUGUUGGGAACUGUACUGUUUAGAACAUGGCAUCAGGCCGAAUGGUUUCUCAGUUAACUCGAGUGACUCAUAUGAUGAUGGCAACGACACCUUCUUCAUGGAAACAGAGUCUAAGAAAUUUAUACCUAGAGCGCUAUUUAUAGAUCUUGAACCUACAGUGGUUGAUGAAGUCAGACUUGGUACCUAUAAAGACUUGUUUCAUCCAGAACAAUUGAUAAGCGAUAAAGAAGACGCAGCCAACAACUAUGCUAGAGGGUAUUACACCACAGGCAAAGAAAAAAUGGACGUACUAAUUGACAGAAUUGGUGCUUUGGUAGAGCAUUGCGAUGGACUGCAAGGUUUUUUAAUUGUGCACUCGUUUGGUGGGGGAACGGGAUCGGGAUUGACAGCGCUUCUCAUGGACCAUCUGUGCACCGAAUAUCCACGACUUUCCAAAAUGGAAAUUGCCUUAACACCUUCUCCUCGGGUAUCAAACGCUGUUGUUGAACCGUACAAUUCAGUACUGAUGACAAAUGCCACUCUCGAAGAUGCUGAUAUAGUGUUCACUAUGGAUAAUGAGGCAAUUUAUGAUAUUUGUGUUACCCGUUUAGGAAUUGAAAGACCUACGUAUACUAAUUUAAAUAGACUAAUUGCACAGGUUCUAUCAUCUUUGACGGCUUCACUAAGGUUCGAGGGAUGUUUAAACGUUGACUUACAAGAAUUUCAAACAAAUCUGGUACCAUUUCCUCGUAUUCACUAUCCUUUAUUAUCUUAUGCACCUUUCGUCAGCGCUGAGAAGGCAUGGCACGAGAAUCAAUCUGUAGCUGAUAUAACGUAUUCUUGUUUAGAUCCUAAUAAACAAAUGGUAAAGUGUUGCGAAACCGGAACUUACAUGGCGUGUUGUUUGUUGUACCGUGGAGACGUGUCUGUUAAAGAUGUGAAUGCAGUUCUUGCUCAGAUCAAACAUAAGAAUCUAUUAAAUUUUGUUGAUUGGUGUCCUACAGGCUUCAAAGUUGGUAUCAAUUAUCAACCACCUACUACUGUUCCAGGUGGCGAUUUGGCAAAACUACAUAGAGCUGUCUGUCUUUUGGCAAAUUCAAGCUGCAUUACCGACACAUGGACUAGGAUAGACAAAAAAUUUGAUUGCAUGUUUGCGAAAAGAGCUUUUGUUCACUGGUAUGUUUUAGAAGGCAUGGAAGAAGGAGAAUUCAACGAAGCAAGGGAAAACCUAGCGAUGCUUGAAAGAGAUUAUCUAGAAGUAGCCACCGAGGAUGUAUCACCUACCAUUGAAUAUUGAAUCUAAAUUUCCAUUGAAUGUAGUCUCUUGGACUUUAAAUGUGAUUGUUCUUUAAUAAAUGAUGUUUUUAUUUAUUA